AUGUGGUGGGGACAAAAUGCUUUCGAUGAACUCAUUGAGAAAGCUACGUCGGAACUGCUACCAGCGAAUCAAGAAGACGUCGCCCUUCAGUUUAUGAUUAGUGACCAAAUCCGCAGCAAAAAAGUUAAUGCUAAAGAUGCCAUGCGUGCACUGAAAAGACGCCUCGAGCAUAAGAAUCCAAACGUUCAAAACGCCACGUUAUCGCUCACUGAUACUUGCGUGAAAAAUGGAGGCGACCAAUUUGUGCGUGAAAUAGCUAGCCGUGAGUUUAUGGAAGCCAUUUCCUUCCUGGUGCACUCACAGGUACGUUGGGAACAUAGCAUAAUACUGCGUGCUCUGACCAUCCUUCAGACAUGGGCACUUGCGGCCAAGAAUACACCGUCGCUUAGCUACCUGACCGAUACCUACAACCUGUUUCGUGCAGAAGGCAUCGUGUUCCCCGAACCUCAAGAGUUGGUCAAUUCGUUUCUUUUGGAAACCAUUGCGCAUCAUUGUCGAAACUGCGGAGGCACAUUUUGCCAAGAAUGUUCUUCCAAGUCACUACCGUUGCCACAUAUGGCAAUUGAUGAAGCUGUUCGCGUGUGCUACGGAUGCUAUAUCAAGCUCAAAUUGUCGCGUGUUGCCAAGAAAGAAGGACCACUGCCACCCUAUCCAGGCGCGCCUCAACAACAACAACAGCAACACCAAGCAACGUCAUCGUCAUCUACUACUGCGGCACAAAAUGACGAUGACAAACAGUUUGAAGAAGACUUGAAAAAGGCCCUCGAGCUUUCUAAAAAGGAGGCUGAACAAAGUGGACCAUACGGCCACGGAUAUGUAUCCACUACCGCUUCAGCGCCAGCUAAUGACAAAAAAGCAGCAAGCAACUGGGAACCAGCUCCAGCGUCCAACAAACAACAAGAAGAGGAAGAGGAGGAGGAAGAUCCGGAACUGGCAGCAGCCAUAGCCGCGUCGUUAAAGGACAUGGAGGAUGCUCAGAAAUCGACGUUGGAAUUUUACAGCAACCAAAAGACAACAGCACGUAUCAACAGCGAUGAAAUGUCACCUGUGGAAAUGGAAAACAUUGAACUUUUUUCGCUUUUGAUGCAUCGUAUCAACGAUACUGGAAACAACAUUGCAAACGACGAACAGAUCAAUCGCCUCUACACACAAAUUGGCACGUUACAACCUAAAUUAGUCAGGAAUCUGGAUGAGGCUAGUCGGAAGCACAAAAAAUUCGCUGAGCUACAUGAGAAGCUCAAUAUGUCUGUCAAAGCGUAUGAUCAGCUGCUUCAGCAACGAGUAUCUAACUCUUACUAUAAUCGAGCACCAUCUCUGUCGACAGGAGCUCAAAGCUUUUACUCGAGUCACUACCCAACUACUCCAGUCUCAAAAACACCUCAACCUCAAAACUAUUACCCGGCGCAGCAACAACAGCAACAGCCAUACCCACAAAUACCACAACAACAACCAGCAAUGUAUCCUGCUGCUCCUACCCAUAUUCCAACAUCCACACCUACCCAACCACCACAACAGCAACAACAACAACCAAAACCGAUCGAUGAAGCACCUCUCAUUGAACUUUAA